CUCACGUGCCGCAUAAGUUAUUCUGCGCCUAUCGCGGCGUUCACCACCGGAGUUUUCGUUGAAUUGCGCCGAGCGUGACCCUUGUGACCGCUAACGCAACCAUGCUUCAAGGACAGAUGCGUGGGCGACAAGUCGCGCCGGCUCAAAGCUUGGCGCACGGGCGCGCGCGGCCAGCCAUUACUCGGCGCUGCGUCCAGGUUCGGGCCGAUGCCAACGGAAACGGAAACGGCAACUACGGCAACGGCUCCAACGAACCCAACAACCCGCUUGCCAAUGGCGUGUCGCCCAACUACCGCGUGCCGUACAACACAAACGUCAACGCCGCGCCUCGCGUGCUGGCGCCCUUCCUCACCAACCCCGCGGCCCAGCCCUCCUCCGCCAUCACCCCAGCCAUAGAGGGCAACUUCAAGGCAACAGGCCGCACCGUGGUCAUCACCGGCGGAUCGCAGGGCGUGGGCCGCGCCACGGCACUGGUGUUCGCGCGCAAGGGCUACAACGUGGUUGUGGCGGCGCGCGAGCCCACGCGGCUGCAGCACGUGGUGGACGACUGCGCGGCGGCGGCGGGGCGCGUGGGGGCGGCCAUGGCCGUGCCCUGCGACAUCACCAAUGAGCGGCAGGUGCAGGCGCUGGUGAACACGGUGCUGGCCAAGUUCGAGGGCGUGGAUGUGGUGGUAAACGCGGCGGGCGUGUUCGCGCGCGGCAGCUUCACGGACACACCCGCGGCGGAGGCCAAGCGGCUGAUGGACGUAAACUACCUGGGGCCCUACAUGGUGUCGCAGGCCUUCAUGCCAGUCCUGUUCAAGGGCGGCCACAAGGCGCGCGGCCCGCUGGCGGCCUUCGCGCCGGAGCGGCCCAGCCUCAUCUUCCUCACCGGCUUCAGCGGCAAGGUGCCCACCAAGUACAUGAGCGCCUUCAGUGCCAGCAAGGCCGCGCUGGAGACGCUGGCCGUGACUCUGCGCACGGAGGUGGAGGGCCAGGGCGUGCACGUGGGCGUGGUGCAGCCGGGCCUGGUCAAGUCCAACUUCAUGGAGCGCGCCGCCUUCUACGGCAAGAACGGCGAGGAGGACCGGCGCAGCUUCCGUCAGCUGCUGCGCGGCCUGCCGCUCAGCCAGACGCCGGCCGAGGUGGCGGACGCAGUGUACAACUGCGCGGCCAGCAAGAGCCACGAGGUGUCUGUGGGGCUGCCCUUCGCCGCCGCCGUGCAGGCCUACAAGUUCACGGGCCUCAACCCCAGCGCCGUGCCCUUCACCUAGGCAUCGACGUGGAGGGGCCAUGCCACUCAUGAGGGGGCAGCUGCAUCCGCGCAGCCGUCCAAACCGUCUAGGCCGGAUAGGCUGGUGCCUGCUGGAGGCAGGGCUGGAGGCAGGGCUGGAGGGAGGGCUGGAGGGAGGGGGGCAGAGCUGGGCGCAUGGCACGGCAGCACCACUGUGCUGUGGAUCGGCCGCAGCAGCAGUAGCAGCACGUGAGGCAGUAGUUGUUGCUGCUGCUGGUGCUGCUGCCGGUGCUGCUGGUGCUGAUGCGUUGGGGCUGCUGCGGGGCCGGCGAGGGGCCGCCGAGGGGCGGCGUGUGCCAACAGCGAUACCGGUAUCAGCAUUGGCUAGGGAUGUGUGUGUGUGUGUGAGUGUGUGUGUGUGUGUUUAUUGUGCGUGUGUGUGUUUGUGUGUGUGUGUGUGUGUGUGUGUGAGUGUGUGUGUGUGUGUGUUUAUUGUGCGUGUGUUUGUGUGUGUGUGUGUGUGUGUGUGUGUGUGUGUGUGUGUGUGUGUGUGUGUGUGUGUGUGUGUGUGUACAACGCAUUGGCGGUUGAGAGAGAACCGGGGGGAGAGAAGCUGGAGGAAUAAAGAAAGGUGCCGUACAAGGCAACCAAGGCGCUCGGCGGGUCGGGUGAGCACGUGAAGCAGUGACGCUGACGGCACAUGCAGCAGUGACGAUGACCGACGCUCGCGGUGGUGGCUCGCCGGGGACUGCGAAGGCCCUUGACUCAUGAUUGACUGACGACAGACAGACAGACAAUGCGGUGGUGUGUGGGGUGGCCAGUGCAGCUGCGCGGUUUCCCCCCUCCCCGCGUGUGUAGUGUGUGUGCACGCACCGUGCACGGAGUGUCGCUGUGAAACGCUGGGCUGCCCCCCGCGGCGGGCGAUGUGAUUGCGGUAGUAUUGACAGUAGUGGCAUUCUUUUGCACAUGUGAUUACAUGCCGAGGAAACAAACAUAAAUAAAGCUGGAGAGGCUGGCGAGACAGCGAGGACCAUACCGGUACAUGGGCGGGCGGUGCCUCCGGUGGCUAAGCGUGUGUCGUCCCAUUGUAACCUCUGUGGGUU